AUGCAAAAUUACUGGGCUUCUGUUUACAUGUUGCCUAGCACUGUGAUAAGGGAAUUAGAAGAUUUGUUCAAAAGUUUCUUGUGGAAUUCUGGAGAUUCUGUUAAAGGAAAAGCUAAAGUAGCUUGGAAAGAUAUGAAACAGUGGAAUGAAACUCUUUUAGUGCGACAAUUUUGGAAAAUUUUGGAAGAUAAUGAUUCACUGUGGGCUAAAUGGAUUUGGAAAGGGAUGGUUGAAUUAGCACCACUGUUAAGUGGUAGUUCUAAUAUGCUUGAGUUAGUUGAAAGAAUUGCUGCCAAGAAAACUCAAAAUAAUAUUGCAGUAGUGGUUGGUAAACUUGUCCUAGCUGCUACUGUGUAUUUUGUGUGGCAAGAAAGGAAUUACAGAAUUUUCAAGAAAAAGGAAAGGAAUGAGGAAACUCGUAUCAUAAAUGCUAUGUUUAGUGAAUGGGGGAUAUCACAAAGAUUUACAAAUUUGAGAUGGAACAUAAGUGGAGAACUAUGCAGCGGUGCUGCAGUGGACUCUACCAGCUUCGAUCCCCAGUCUUAUAAUCCCGGGAUCAAAUGUGAUUGUGCACUUCCGAAUUCUACUUAUUGCCACAUUACUCAAUUAUAUGUUUAUGCUUUGAAUGCUGUCGGCCCGAUCCCAGAAGGGCUCUGGACUCUGACUUACCUCACCAAUCUUGUUCUGGCCCAGAAUUAUUUGACAGGUCCCUUGUCACCUUCUAUUGGAAAUUUAACUCGGUUGCAGUGGAUGACUAUAAGUAUCAAUGCGUUAUCAGGGGAGAUUCCUAAAGAGCUAGGACGGCUUUCUGACCUUAGAUUGUUGUCAUUUAGUGGAAACAAUUUCAAUGGUUCCCUUCCACCUGAACUUGGAAAUUUGCAAAAAUUAGAACAGAUUUACAUUGAUAGUUCUGGAGUUAGUGGCGAAAUACCUUCUACAUUUGCUAAUUUACGGAGCCUGGUCACUGUAUGGGCUUCCGAUAAUGAAUUUACCGGAAGAAUACCCAGCUUCAUAGGAAAUUGGUCACAGUUACAGACAUUAAGGUUUGAAGGGAACUCUUUUGAAGGUUCAAUUCCACCUUCGUUUUCUCAAUUGACCUCUUUGCAGCAGCUGAGGAUAACUGGUUUAAAUAAUGUCACUCUGGAUUUUAUUGCAAACUUGAAGUCCCUGACUAUUCUAGUUUUGAAGAAUAACAAAAUUACUGGCUCUAUUCCAGCUAGCAUUGGUGAAUUUCAAAAUUUGACCCUAUUGGAUCUGAGUUUCAACAAUUUGACUGGACGUAUUCCAGGAGAGUUGUUCAACUUGAGUCAAAUCUCAUUCUUGAUUCUUGGAAACAAUAGGUUAAAUGGCAUUCUUCCUAAUGUAAAGAGUGCAACCCUCCGGAAUAUCGAUUUGUCAUACAAUGAUCUAUCUGGGACACUUCCAUUUUGGGUCAAUGACUCAAGCUUACAACUAAACUUAGUUGUGAACAACUUCACUUUAGAAGGUUCAGAUUUCAGUGGUCUUCCGUCAGGAUUGGACUGUCUGCAAAGGGAUUUUCCGUGUAAUCGUGGAUCACCAAGAUAUAGUUCCUUUGCAAUCAACUGCGGAGGUCCUCAAAGAACAUCAUCUCGUCAAAUAGUUUAUGAGCAGGAAAAUGAACCUCUUGGACCGGCAACAUACUAUUUGAAUUCUGAAAGGAAAUGGGGUGUCAGCAAUGUUGGAGAAAGGACCAACCCAGCUUAUACCGCCACCACUUCACGCCAGUUCGCAAACACGUUAGAUACAGAACUGUUCCAAACAGCUCGAAUCUCUGCAGGAUCUCUAAGAUACUAUGGUUUAGGCCUAGAGAACGGUAACUACACCGUGAACCUCCAGUUUGCAGAACUACUAAUACAAGAUGGCCAAGUUUGGCAAAGCACUGGAAGGCGUGUCUUUGACAUUUAUCUGCAAGGAAACUUAGUGUUUCAAGAUUUUGACAUAAAACGGGCAGCAGGGGGUGCCUCGUUUAGUCCUGUUACAAGGACAGCAACGGUCCAGGUUUCAAAUAACUACCUUGAGAUACACUUGUUCUGGUCUGGAAAAGGGACUUGUUGUAUACCUGAUCAAGGAAGUUUUGGACCACUUAUCUCAGCAAUCAGUGCCACCCCAAAUUUUAUCCCAAAUGUGAGCAACAAUCCACCUUCCGCAAAAAAGAAGAACAGGGCCGGUUUGAUUGUAGGCAUUUUGGUUCCAGUUGCGGUUGUGUGCUUUCUGUCAUUAUUAGCUUUAUAUAUUGUUCGCCAGCGAAGGAAAAAGCAAAAUGACUCUGACAAUUAUGAAGAGUUUUCGGGUAUUGAUGCUAAACCAUAUACCUUUAGUUAUGGAGAACUCAGAGAUGCAACAGGUGAUUUUAGUCCUGAAAAUAAGCUUGGUGAGGGAGGUUUUGGACCUGUUUAUAAGGGAACACUAGAUGAUGGGAGACUAAUAGCUGUUAAGCAGCUCUCCGUUGCUUCCCACCAAGGAAAAAGUCAGUUUGUUGCUGAAAUUGCAACUAUAUCUGCUGUCCAACACGGCAACCUUGUGAAGUUGUACGGAUGCUGCAUUGAUGGAGUGAAACGGCUUCUUGUGUAUGAGUAUCUCGAGAACAAGAGUCUUGAUCAAGCGUUAUUUGGAAACAAUAGUUUGUCUCUUAGUUGGUCCAUCCGUUUUAAAAUAUGCCUCGGGGUAGCACGCGGUCUUGCAUAUCUGCAUGAGGAAUCUCGAAUUAGGGUUGUACACCGAGAUGUUAAAGCUAGCAACAUUCUACUUGAUUCUGAUCUGAUCCCGAAGAUCUCAGAUUUUGGUUUGGCCAAACUAUAUGAUGACAAGCAAACACAUAUGAGUACACGCGUUGCUGGCACAAUUGGGUAUCUCGCACCAGAGUAUGCAAUGCGUGGACAACUUACAGAAAAGGCUGAUGUGUUUGGCUUUGGAGUUGUAGCUUUGGCGAUUAUCAGUGGAAGGCCUAAUUCUGAUUCAACUUUAGAAGAUGAGAAAAUAUACCUUCUGGAGUGGGCAUUGAACUUGCAUGCAGCUGAUACCGAACUUGAGUUGGUGGACGAAAGAUUGUCUGAAUAUGAUGAAAAUGAAGUAAGAAGGUUGAUGCGAGUAGCCCUUUUAUGCACGCAAACCUCACCAUCGCAACGACCCUCAAUGUCACGAGUAGUUGCAAUGCUUUCAGGAGACAUAGAAGCUAGUGGUACCAUCACUCGGCCUGGGUACCUCACUGGUUUUGAGUUUAAUGAUGCCACUACCUUUGGAGGUGGUCUACCAACCGAGUUGGCUGCAAGUACAAGUCUCUCCACUGCUUCGCCCAUCUCACCUUAUAAUGAUUCCAAACCGAUGCUUCAUGAUCUUAUCGGAGAUGGUAGGUGAUCAUAGAUUGAUGUGAUUGCACGAUCUUGUCCCUUUGUAUAUCAUUUCCGAAUCUUAUAUUGUACAAUUACAUGACAAGAGAUUCAACUUGAUUGAGAAUUUUUGAUUAAUUGUAAUUUGUUAAUUUACUUAGAAGAUUUAAAAAUUAUAUAUGUAUAUGUCAUUUAUACAAUAUAAAGAUUACGUA